GGAAAAAUCUCACUUCACGGAUUACAGUCACAGAUCGGCGUGGCUCUCCAGGCAUGGCUGGUUUCUUCAAAGGAAGGUGUGAGCAGUAAUGGGGGACUGGAGUCUUCUGGGGAACUUUCUAGAGGAAGUGCAGGAGCACUCGACGUCCGUGGGCAAGGUUUGGCUGACCAUCCUCUUCAUCUUCCGCAUCCUGGUGCUGGGCACGGCGGCCGAGUCGUCCUGGGGCGAUGAGCAAUCCGACUUCAUGUGCGACACCAAGCAGCCUGGCUGCAUCAACGUAUGCUAUGACAAGGCCUUCCCCAUUGCCCACAUCCGCUACUGGGUGCUGCAGAUCGUGUUCGUCUCGACCCCCUCCCUCAUCUACAUGGGCCACGCCAUGCACACGGUGCGCAUGGAGGAAAAGCGUCGGCAGAAGGAGCAGGAGGAGCAGGGCAGGGUAGAGGCCUCCGCGGCCGGCAGGGCCGAGAAGGAGUACCUGGAGGAGAAGGAGCCCGGGAAGGCUGAGGGCACAGGGAAGAUCCGCCUGAAGGGGGCGCUGCUGAAGACCUACGUUUUCAGCAUCCUGAUCCGCACCGUCAUGGAGGUGACCUUCAUCGUCGGGCAGUACAUGAUCUACGGCAUCUUCCUCGACGCCCUCUACCCCUGCGAGGCCUGGCCCUGCCCCAACAAGGUCAACUGCUACGUGUCGCGCCCCACCGAAAAGAACGUCUUUAUCGCCUUCAUGCUGGUGGUGGCGGGUGUGUCCCUCUUCCUCAGCGUGGUGGAGCUGUACCACCUCGCCUGGAAACAGUCCAAAAGGUGCCUGAGGGCCUACGCCGCCUCCCACGCCAUGGAGAGCAGGACCGCCAAAGCCGUGGCCAUCGCCCCGGAGCCCGACCCCCAGCCGCAGACGUCCCGCACCUGCACCCCGCCCCCGGAUUUCAACCAGUGCCUGGCUGCCACGUCCCCGCACGGCCACGCCCUCCCCGGCUGCCACCCCUUCAACAACAGCAUGGCCCACCAGCAGAACUCAGCCAACAUGGCCACCGAGCGCCACCGCAGCCACGACAACCUGGAGGCGGAGGACUUCCUGCAGAUAAGCUAUGCGCAGACCUCGGAGACGGCCAGCGCCUGCGCCCAGGCCCAGCUGCUCCACAACGGCUUCUGCAAGGACAAGCGGCGCCUCAGCAAGACCAGCGGCUCUAGCAGCCGCGUGCGGCCGGACGACCUGGCUGUGUAGGCCGGCUUAUCAAUCAGGGAGAGGGAGGCUGGGACUAGGCGGGGCGCGGGCUGCUGCUGAUGAAGGCAGGCAGGCUAGGCUUGAACCAAAUGGCUAGAGGGUGCUCUGUGGUCUGUUGUCAGGGCUACCGGGAUGAUGAUAAGCCUCUAU